AUGGAGAGGGGACUUCGUCAAGGCAACCUAUUAUCGCUGUUUUUGUUUAUUCUGGUGGUGGAUGUGCUCAACAAAAUGAUCGGGGAGGCGGUAAGGAACGGUCGAAUAUCCUCACUUUUAGUCGAUAAGGAUGAUAUUGAGUUAUCACACUUACAAUUUGCUAAUGACACAAUAUUAUUCUAUCCACCCGAGGAGGAGACAGUGAGAAAUUAUAAGAUACUUUUGAGGUGCUUCGAGAUUAUGUCGGGAUUGAGCAUUUACUUUGAGAAGUCUAGAUUGAUACCAGUGAAUUGCAGUCAGGAGUGGGCUAGUCGGAUGUGUCAGCUGCUUGGUUGCCAGGAAGCAGCCCUACCGGUAAGGUAUCUUGGUAUCAUAAUAGGAGCAAAUCCGCGGUUAGUAAAAAUUUGGAAGCCGGUGACAGAUAAGGUGGAAGAGAAUGUCCUAAGUAAAGCUGGAAAGCUGGUACUCAUUAAGUCUGUAAUCAACAACCUACCAAUUUAUUACCUCAGAUUAUAUAAGAUGCCAAAUGCGGUUGCACAAAAAAUCAUCUCUUUGCAGAGGAGGUUCUUCUCGGAAAAGGAUGAUGGACGACCUAGUAUGGCUCUUGUGAAGUGGGAGAUGAUCCAGGCACCAAAGAAGUUAGGAGGGCUGGGGGUGGGUGAUAUAGUGGUCGUAAUAAUGAUUUACUGUUUAAAUGGUGGUGGCAAUUCUGAAAGGAAGACUGUCCGCUUUGGAAGAAGAUUGUGUGUUGUUGUAAUAGCUUGA